AUGGCCGCAUGGUUGAGUCGUGGCACUGGACCAGCAGCGUCAGCGCCUGCACUUUAUGCUUCGGGUGGCAUCGCGAACCCGCACAUUUCUGACUUGAUCAGGGGGGAGUACGCCCUGAACGGCUUGCAUCAUGGUAAGCCACUCUACAAGAAGGAAGGCUUGGAUGAUUUGGGCUUGUCGAGCCAAUCCAUGGUGAUCUACUUCUGGGAUGACCGCGAUGGAGAAGUGAACCACGGCUGGUGGAUCGGGCCCAGAGAAGGGGAUAUGACAGUAUGUGCCUUCAACCCCUCCAACCGUAGUCCGGGUGACUUGACCGUGCCCGAAUCUGGAUGGUGCGUGCCUCAUGAUGGUGGGGUGGACAUGCUUCUAACCAUCCAAACGCUUCACACAGCCGAUGAGUGCACAGGCUUUGACUUUGAGCUUCGAUGGGAGUUUUUGGCCAGCGGAGAUGGGAAGAAGGAAAACUGGCAGCCAAUGAAAAGGGGAAUGAAUGACAUGCUUGAGAAGCGGUGGGCAGAGGGCUGGGAUCUUGAUGUCAAUCUGCCUGACGUCUUCUACGUCCGAUCGAACGGCUUUGCUUAUGCCAUCGAUAGCUAUUCCAUGGUCCAGUGCAAUCUCAGAACCGGCCGUGUACGGGACAUCAGGCAAUCAGAAAAGCAGCUCCUGCUGCGAGAGAAAGAGGAGCUACUCGCCAAAGUGGCGCAGCUGGAGCUCCCGGAUGUCAAAUUGUGGUCACAAGCAGACCAUGCCACGCAGAUGUUGUUGCAAGAAGCUUGGCGGACGAGCCGCCAGCUACAGGCAAAGAUGUGCGCACGGCUGAAUCACUGGGAUGCAGCUUUCUCAAAGAUCCAGGAGGCUGUGCUUGGGGCAUGGCCUCCAGACCACCUCGCAGAUUGCGUGCGCAUGAGCCAUUUCAGGGUCGUUGCCCUCCACCAAGUCUGCAACAUCAACAUCUGGAAGGAUUACGAGUUCCGUAAGGACCAAGUGCGUAAAGAGUUGGAGGGCCGCGAAAACGUCCCCACUGUGACCAGCACCUUGCCGGCGGAAGUGUGCAGCUGGGCGCAUCUGGAUGCAAGGAUCAAUGAGGUUCUGGUCAUCCACGGCACCACGCUGGACAAGACAGAGGACAUUGCGAGUUUUGGGUUUGAUGAGCGCCUUGCACAUGAAAGAGGGCUGUAUGGCCAAGGAGUCUACUUCACAGAUCAAAGUUGCAAAGCUCUUCAGUAUUCGGGGGCUGUAAAGUCACCCAGAAACAGCUCAGGGGAAGGCUGCUUCAUAAUUGCUCGCGCGAUCCUUGGGCACGCCAAGCAUGCGCAAGGGCCUCUGAGAAGUAUGAAAGUGGAGCCUGCGGUUAGGGUUUAG